AUGAAAAAAGUGGGAAAAUUGAUAGAUCCACACCACCAAUUAUGUAUAGCGCAUGGCAUACAAUUAGCCGUAAUUAAAGUAUUAUUCAAUAAAACUGAUUUACACGAUGCUGAUAAAUUACGUGACGAAAAUAUCGAUGAAGAUAGUGAGCCCGACAAAGGUAAUGCAUCUGAUUCCGAAUAUUCCGAUAUUGAGGAAAAUGAAAUUUUAAACGACAAUUCGGAAAUUGAAUACGAAGCUGGUGGAACCAUCGAUCAAGCUUUGCCAGUGCCAACUUUCUUAUCAAAUAUUGAAUUAAAUGGUUUAAUUACAAAAAUUCGGAAAGUCGUUAAAAUUUUUCUACAAAAACGUAAAAGAAGAAUUUAA